GGCUAAACAUUUUUGAUAAGUUCGAGUGAAAAAUGGCGUCUGCUAGCGCAGAUUUCGCAAUGGAGGAGCGUCAAAGAUACCGUCAUUGUGCCGCCAGGCUACUUGCAAUGGUUUCGGAGUCGGGGGAAAAGCAAAAGAACGAACUCAACUCACUCCUGGAUGAGUUGAACUCUCUGGCGUACUCUGUGCAGGGCCUCGUGGAACAAGAACCUGGGCGGCUGCUGUGCCAGGCCUGCGUGCUGGUCCCCCUCCAAGAGGAGCUACUGGUCACCAAGGUAUGCCAGCUGAUUGUCAUCAUCACCCACCAGAAGGUGGCGCUGAGCCAGGCCACAGUGGAGACGUUACUGGAGUACAUCACCUCAGCGAUCAGACAGUGCCAGCCCUGGACACUGCCGGAGGCCCUGAGGGCUCUAGGGGCAGUGGUGUACGAGAACGGCCCCAAAUGUUCCCAGUUUUGGAAGCACCUGUUAGGAACAAGCCCACAAGGCCUUCUGCUGAAAUUGAUCAGUUCCACAGAGGACGACAUCAAACGAGCCGCGGUGCAGUGCAUUGGCAAUCUGUGCAUGAGAGAUGAGUCAGGUGGGGUCAUUGACACUGAGUAUCUUCAGACGAGCUACAACACAAUGCUGAAAGUCCUGCAGAGUCCCAAACCGCAGGGUGCUGAUGACUACGGCCAUUUCAGGUUGCUCCUCAGUACCCUGCGUGGUCUUCAGAACAUCCUGGCUGUGUGUAAGGAAGUCCACAAUGAAAAGCUGGGAGUGAUCCUUGCUGCCCUCAAGUCUUACAUGCUGUACGGCCUGCCUGGGGUGGGAACCAACUUCAUCAUCCCACCCACCCUGUACCCAUCGCCCCUCUACCAGAUCGACACCGGCCCCUCCCCUUCCAAGCCCACAGACUCCGCCCCCAGGAAACCCCCUCCUGGCUCUACUCCUUCAAAGAGAUCUCCUCAAGCAGCGAAGCAAGGAGCGAGCAAAGAGUCCGAUAAAGAUGACACAGGGGGAAAAGUAGUAGAGGAGGAGCUCAGUCUACGCCCGGGGGGUGGUGGAGGCGGGGGUAUGCUCCCCUUCACCCAGCCCAGACCCGGGCAGGGAAAGAAAGGGAAGAAGAAAGGGAAGGGAAGACAGGAGAAGGAAAAGGUCGUGACCCCAAGAAAAGGGCGGGACAGUGGGCGGUAUGGAGCCACGCAGAGGGCAGAGCAACCGGCCACACCUACAGUAGAUGUUGGGAGGAGUUCAAACAUUCAGAGCUCUUACAAUACCGACCCAUCCUCCCUCUUCCCAGCCUGGGGUCGGGUGAGCAGUUCAGAGUCUGAGUAUUCAGAUACAGAGGGAGGGCAGGCGUCUAAACUAAGAUCGGCUGCCUCCAAAGUCAGGCAGGCUGCCCUGACAUGCCUGCACUGUGUCAUCAAGAAUACAGAGAAGAAGCACAUCAUUGGAUACUGGUCAGCCUUCAUCCCUGACACCCCAUCAUCCUCAGGGUCAUCUCAGUCUUUCUCUCUCUUCACCAGCAUGCUCAAGGAUCCAGCACCGAAGUCCAGGGUUGGUAGUGUGGUUGUCUUAGCUGCCUUGCUGGAUGGCUCCAGGCAGUUCCUGGCUGCGGCAGAUGAUAGUGAGCUGAAGCACUCUUCCUUCACCCCGUUCUCACACACCCUAGCAGCCACCAUCAAGGAGAUCCAUCGCUGUCUGAUCCUGGCUCUCAUGGCUGAGAGCUUCUCUACAACUCUCACACAGAUAAUUAAGUGCCUGUCCAUCUUGGUCCAGAAUGUUCCCUACCACAAAUUGGCCCCCGGACUGUUGACCAGGAUCGCCAAGGCAAUCAGGCCCUACUUCACCCACAGAGACAACAACGUACGGACCGCCUGCCUGACCUGCAUGGGGGCCAUCCUCUCCACCAGCGUGCCUCUCCCCGAAAUCACCACCCUCCUCCAAUCCCAAGAUUUCCUCAAACCAUCCACCGUCCAACCCUCAGAGAGUGCCCCUCAAACGGGCAUCAACGCCCCCUCCUGGAGGACACCGAGCGGGGCUGAGAGGACCCUAGAAGGGUACGAGAGCCCCCACGAGGAGGACUACAAAGACGACGAGUCUUGGAAGAGGAAACCAGAUGAGGAUUCGGAGGAUGAGGAUGGUAGAAUCGGAGAAGAAAGACAACUCCUUGGGAAGCCUGCAGCAUCUGUUAGUCAUCACCUUGGAACAUCCAAACUUGACUCUGAGGAAUCGGUUGGACGUGGUCCCCAGGUCAGUAAUCUGAAAACAAGAGAUGGAACCUCAGACAAUACAAGCGGAGCCAUCACCAGUGGCCAACCAUUGACGGGCACUGCUGUACCAGUGGCUGCAUUAGGGUCCUUGACAAUCCAAACCACAGUGGAAACUUCGGGACCCUCUAAUGAUAAGGUAGGUAGGGAUGUGAACCCCCGACCUCAGAGUCAGUUGGAUGGUGCUUCAUCGUCCGGGCUGGCCGGGUCUGAGAAUCAGUCCGCUGAGCACCGAGAGAGAGAUGCGAACCACCCACCUGGGAGUCAGUUGGACAGUGCUUCGUUAUUAGGGACGGCAGGCACUGGGAAUCGGUCUACUGAGCAGCCAGGCAGGGAUGUGAACCAAGGACCUCAGAAUCUCUUGGAAGGUGCUUCGGUGUCUUGGCUCGUCAGGUGGUGCACUGAUGCUGUCCUCCUGAGGGAUUCUGUUUCGAGCAUUGGUGAAGUUCACAGGCUACAGACGCCCAGUGAAGCCCUGCCGGUGAGGUUGGAGGCCCUUCAGGUCAUGACCCAGUUGGUCAAGGGUUAUUUGCCCAUCGUGAGGGACAUCCUGGAUCACAUCUGCACCAUUGUCAUCAGUUGCCUGGGCGAGGUAGAUUCCUCCGUCCAGUUACAUGGCCUGAAGGUUCUUGAGGAGCUUGGUAAGGCCAUAUUGUCUCAGCUGAAUCCAGAAUUGGAACCUCCCACAAGUCAACUGACUGUCCGGCUCACGCCAGAGGAGGUUGUGUUAUUGUGGGAUAAACUCCUGAUUGGACCACUGCCGGCCAUACUGCAAAACUCAGGCAAUGGCGUUCUCCAGGCAUCGGCAUGUUACUGCCUGUCCACGAUUGGACCACAGUGCUUUGAGCUUCUCAAGAUGGGCAAACGUGUCCUGUGCAUCACCCUCCUCCUUGGUCUAAGCAAUGACGAUGACUAUCGAGUCAAGGCAGCGGCCGUCAGAGCUCUGGGAGCUUACGUCCUGUACCCCUGCCUCAGAGAGGAUGUCAUGUUUGUGGCCGAUACAGCCAACGCAAUCCUGACAUGUCUAGAAGAUCCAUCCAUUAAUGUCCGCAUACGAGCCGCCUGGUCCAUCGGUAAUCUCAGCGAUGCGCUCAUUGCUAACAAAGAUGCGGGUGAUACCACUUUCUUGGAGGGGUUCUCGGACAUGCUCCUUCAGAAGCUGUUUGCGGCGGCCAUCGCCGGUGCCUCGGAUCAUGACAAGGUCAAGUCUAAUACUGUGAGGGCGCUUGGCAUGCUCGUGCGGUUUGCAAGACCCCAAGCCUUGGCCAAAAGCAGCAUCCAGGUUGUUGUGACCGAUGCGAUCAGAGCUCUCCUCAAGAACAUCACCACUGGGGCUGCCAUCAGGGUGAAGGUUCGAUGGAAUGCCUGUUAUGCCAUGGGCAACGUGUUCAGGAACACACAUCUGGAGUUAGGCUCUGUGCCGUGGUCCACUGAGGUCUUCACCGCUCUCACCGAUGUAGUCCGGGAUUGUAAGAACUUUAAGGUAAAACCAACUUUCCCUCUGUUUUACGUUUUAUUUCAGUACCAUAUGCUUCAGACAUAUUUGAACUCCAGGCUGGGGGCCUGGAUGUGGAUAAUGACCCGAGCUGAUCCUCAUCCAGGCCCCCGGCUGGUUUGA